UGAUGAUAAAGGUUGCAACUUUAAAGAUAUUAUUCCAAAAAUUUAACACCAUUGAUAGGACUACUCUGCAAAAAUUUUAAAUGAGGAUUUGAAUUACUCCAACCUUAUCUAGCUUGAACUGGGUGUAACAGUUAACUGAAAAUUUGGCAGCUGUUGGGUUGAUGAUGUUUUGCUGGUACUACUCACUUGCAAAUAUUUGUUAGAUCCACUAUUAUAAGAGUUUGAACUGAAUUCUGAGCUACCCAUGGAUACAAAUUGUGGGAAUUGGUUGCGUUCUUCUUCCAAGAAGGAGUCUUGGAGGACUACUCUGUUGCUAGCUUAUCAGAGUCUUGGCGUGGUGUAUGGGGACUUGAGCAUAUCCCCUUUGUAUGUUUACAAAAGCACAUUUGCAGAAGAUAUUUCUCAUUCAGAAACAAAUGAGGAGAUUUUUGGGGUGCUUUCGUUUGUUUUCUGGACCUUAACUUUAGUCCCGCUCUUCAAAUAUGUCUUUGUGGUUCUUCGAGCUGAUGAUAAUGGAGAAGGUGGAACCUUUGCACUGUAUUCACUGUUGUGUCGACAUGCAAAGGUUAGCCUUCUUCCCAACAGGCAAGUUGCAGAUGAAUCUCUCUCUACAUAUAAACUAGAGGGGCCACCGGAGAUCAAUAACAGCUCUUGGUUGAAAACUAAGCUUGAAAAGCAUAAAUGUUUGCAUACUGCUUUACUUAUAUUGGUUCUGCUCGGUACCUGUAUGGUAAUUGGAGAUGGUGUUCUAACGCCGGCAAUUUCAGUUUUCUCUGCAGUUUCAGGCCUUGAGUUAUCCAUGUCCAAGGAACACCAUCAGUAUGCUGUGGUUCCAAUAACUUGCGUCAUUUUAAUAUGUCUUUUCGCUCUACAACACUAUGGUACACAUCGGGUUGGAAUGUUUUUUGCACCUGUCGUGUUGCUGUGGCUAAUGUGCAUCAGCGCUCUAGGCCUAUACAACAUAAUCCACUGGAAUCCACAAGUUUAUCAGGCUCUUUCACCCUAUUACAUGUACAAAUUUCUGAAGAAGACAAAAAAAGGCGGUUGGAUGUCUUUGGGUGGAAUUCUGCUGUGCAUAACAGGGUCAGAGGCAAUGUUUGCAGAUCUUGGUCACUUUUCAUACACUGCAAUCCAGAUUGCCUUCAGUUUUCUGGUUUACCCAGCGCUUAUUCUGGCAUACAUGGGCCAAGCUGCAUAUUUGUCCAAGCAUCAUCUGAUGGAGACCAGUUACCGCGUUGGCUUUUAUGUCUCGGUUCCAGAAAGUGUGAGGUGGCCAGUUUUUGUAAUAGCAAUCCUUGCUUCCGUCGUGGGAAGCCAAGCAAUCAUCAGCGGGACAUUUUCUAUUAUCAACCAGAGCCAGUCACUUGGUUGUUUCCCAAGGGUGAAAGUCGUUCAUACCUCUGACAAGGUUCAUGGACAGAUAUACAUCCCUGAGAUUAAUUGGAUGCUUAUGGUCCUUUGCCUUGCUGUGGCCGUUGGGUUCAGAAACACAAAACACUUGGGGAAUGCUUCAGGUCUAGCAGUGAUGACGGUGAUGUUAGUGACAACAUGUCUCACUUCAUUGGUUAUUGUCUUGUGUUGGCACAAACCUCCUAUUUUGGCACUUGCCUUCCUGCUCUUCUUUGGAUCCAUUGAAGCUCUCUACUUCUCUGCUUCCCUCUACAAAUUUCUUGAUGGGGCCUGGCUACCCAUUCUCCUUGCCUUAAUCUUGAUGACAGUUAUGUUUGUGUGGCACUAUGCAACAAUUAAAAAGUAUGAGUUUGAUCUCCACAACAAGGUCUCCUUGGAAUGGCUUCUGGCUUUGGGACCUAGCUUAGGAAUUGCUCGAGUCCCCGGCAUUGGCUUGGUGUAUACUGAUCUCACAUCUGGAAUCCCUGCGAACUUCUCGCGUUUCGUCACCAAUCUUCCUGCCUUCCACCGAGUACUCAUUUUUGUCUGUGUGAAAUCUGUACCUGUCCCUUUUGUGCCUCGUUCUGAGAGAUACCUAGUCGGUCGUGUGGGACCACCAACUCAUCGAUCAUACAGGUGCAUUGUUCGUUAUGGAUAUCGUGAUGUUCACCAAGACGUUCACUCAUUUGAAACGGAGCUUGUUGACCGGCUGGCUGAUUUCAUCCGGUUUGACUGGUCUCGAACUCAUCCCAACUCAAGCCCAAGCUUCCAAGAUGUCAUCUCACACUCUGCCGAAUCAACAAGCGAGUGCAGAUUGACUGUGAUUGGCGCAGUAGCCUUUUCAGGCCCACCAGCUUACGAAAUGGAGGAGACUGUGGAACCAGCUAGUGUUUCUGUUGGAUUCGAAACAGUAGAGAGUAUGACAGAUGUUAUUGAGAUGGAGCAAACUGGUCUUCAGAGAAGAGUAAGGUUUGCAAUUGACAAUGAAUCUGAAAGAGAUGAAAGAUUUGAAACUGAUGUGCAAAUGAGGGAAGAACUGGAAGAUUUAUUGGCAGCACAGCAAGCUGGUUCUGCAUUCAUACUUGGUCACUCAUACAUGAAAGCGAAACAAGGAUCAUCCAUCUUUAAGAGAGCAGCUAUUGAUGUAGGUUACAAUUUCUUGAGUAAGAAUUGCAGGGGACCAGAUGUGGUGCUUAGAGUUCCGCCUGUUUCUACCCUUGAAGUUGGCAUGGUGUACAUUGUAUAAGCAAUAACUGGUCUGUAGUGCACAUAAGUUUACGUACUAGAAUAUAGAAUAGGCAAAGCGGCAAAAACCGAUUGUAAGGUUCUGUCUGAAUCUAGUUAUAUGUAACGCGUUAAUUAUCAAAAAGAGAAGUAUAUGUAAUGCAUUUCUUAUAAUCCGUAGUCUCUGAAGUCUGAACUAUACCCUUUACGGCCCA